UCUUCCUUAUUGUGAGGAAUAUGUUCAUAUAAGGUCACAGCACCGAUCUGAGGGCGACUCCUGGUCGAGGUUUAACAAUCUUCUCUCCUCCUCACAUCGUUCAGUGACUCGUCCGUCUGAAGAGAACUCAACACGUCUGACGACUUCUCCAACCAAGGAGAUGGCCGCCCGGAGCCGGAUCACGGUUCUGCUGCUGCUCUUCCUCCUGUCGACUGAACACAGUUUUGCUGUGAACCUGAACGAACUUGAACCGCUGGUAAAAGAACUCUUGAGCAAGUACCGUGCAGAAGGUGUGUUCAGUCUGGCCGUGAGUAUCCCGCUGAACCAGAACCAGAACCAGGACCAGAACCUGAAACAGGGUGCUUACCAAAUCCAGAAAGUCCUCGAAAGUGACCCUGCUGCCAACGUGGAGAACAAGAUCAACAACGGUGAAGUGUACGUCGGCAGCAGGGUGGUUGCAGCCAAGCCUGGGGGUGGUCUUCAUGCAGAGUCACGCGUUGUGGACAAAUUGAAUCAGUUGUACAACAGUCCUCAAUUCAAUCAGGAUGAUUUGUUGCUGUUCUAUGUUUACGCCUCCCCGUGUGUUGAACAAUGUACAGAUGAAGAUCACCCGCUAAGCAUCCUUAGAGGGUUAAAUGAAAUUCGGCGUUGGAAUAACUGGGCAGUUGUGUUUUCUAAAAUAUUCAAGCCCAGAAUUGGUCAGGAGAACACAGACAUGGAGCGCGUUAGAGCCCUCAGGCGACUUGCAACGUACGGGUCUGGUAAGACCGAGAGUGACCUGGGUCCCAUUGGUCUACAGAACAUCUUCCGCUGUGACUAUGAAAACCAACAGAUGAAGUGUGUCAGCUGCUCAAGUGACGGUCAGGUGGCACAGACAUGUGUGUCAGACGGUCCUCAGUCAGGUAGAGGUGGCUCCUCCUCACAGGGGGGGGCUCAGGCUAACAGGAAUCCAGGUAGAGGUGGCUCCUCCUCACAGGGGGGGGCUCAGGCUAACAGGAAUCCAGGUAGAGGUGGCUCCUCCUCACAGGGGGGGGCUCAGGAUGGUUGGCUAGACCCAAAAAAAGGAAAAGGGGACAGAGUAAGAAGGGACAUCAGUUAUAACACAGGUGACAGCUCUGCUCACAUCUCUGAGAGCAACAAGGGAGCUGAGGACGCCCCCUCAGUUGAUGAGAAUGGAAAUGACGUUGCGACUGGUGAAAGUGUCUCUCUGUCCCCAACGGGCUCUGAUGAAGGCAACGGAGGUGAUUUAAGGACGGUAGUGGACGUAUUGACCCCUCACAUCGGCUUUGAUUCUGGAGAUGGAAGAGUGAGCAAGGGCAAAGGAAAAGUGAGCAAGGGCAAAGGAGGUAAAGGGAGAAGAAAGAAAGGGAAAGGAAAAAGGAGAAGAGGGAAAGGGAAAGGGAAAGGGAGAAGAGUUAAAGGAGGGAAAAGGAGAAGAGGGAAAGGGAAAGGGAGAAGAGGAAAAGGAGGACGAGGAGGGAAAGGUAAAAAGAGCAGGCGAGGGGGGAGAAGCAGAAGACGGGGUUUGGACCAGGACUGGAUUUUUGCCUCCGAUUUUUGAGAAGCAAACAAAUGAACCUUUUCUGAACGACAGGACUGAGUCUGAGUUUAACACAACUAGCUUUGCUAACAUGAUCACGUGAUAAUGCCACGAUUAGCGCGUUAGCUGUGCAGCUAACCAAUGAGGCUUUGAGCUUUGAAGGAAUUAAAUAUAUUACUUUAGAAUUGUAUUGAGGUUCUUUGAUUGUCUGUUAAUAGAUAAACUUUGAUAAUAUUAAAAGAUAAAUGUAUAAAGAUGGACGACAUGACAACCACAAAAAUUAAAACCAAAGCACCUUGAUCGCCCCCUGGAGGCUGGCUGCUGUACAGGUCAUAAACUCCUCCUCCUCCUCCUCCAUGUUAGCAGAUACAAAAAACUAUUACAUUAAAUAAAUGUCUCUUAAAGAUUUCAGUCACUUCAGGUCGUUCUUGUCUCACUGAAGUUUUCCUGAUCAGUUUGGUUUAUUUAGUUAUUUGAUAUAAAACGAGACGUCCAUGAUAUUUGGUUUCAUUUGUGGACAGAGGCCGAAGUGAAGCUGCAUCGUUCAUCUUUAUUUACAGACGAUCAUCUGAACCAACAUCCACGACAACCUGCUUCUGUAAUCUGUAUAAUCAAAUCUAUGUAAAAUGCAUCACUGAUUUUCAUGAUGUUCUGUUUUCUCUUAUUAAAGCUUUGCUCAGCAUCAA